AUGAUCCAUUCCGAGAGUCUAGCCGACCAGGACAGAGCUCACAAGCUGUACAAAGGGGUGGUCAGUGAUCUCAGCGCUGUCCUUCGGUCUGAUGGGGGCGAUCCUUCCGCAACUGGAGAGGAUACAAAGGGGGAUCGUGGAACCCUUCGGAGACAGCCGACUGAGGCAAGAAAACUUUGCACGCUGCAUAUGGAGGUGCAGAGUGAUAAUCGUGUUCAGAUUGUAAGGUUUGGCAAGUUCGCGCAUCGGGACGAAGCGCUGGGCCGUGUUACAACGCCAGAAAAAGAGGACUUCCUGAGGGACGGAAAGCGCUUUGGGUGA